AUGCCGCAUUUUCCAAUGAACACGGGUACUGUGGUUGCCAGUUCGAAUGCCAAAGACGAACAAGAAGAGCGACAGACAGCACCGGUGCGGCCCCCCGCAUCCAUUCAGAUCAAAAACCGACGGAAGAGAUACCUUGAAACACACCCUGAUUAUUUCUCUGCUGGCCUUGAACUUGCCGACCCAUUGCUUUACGAUCGCCUAAUCCGCCGUUUCCAAACCACUGGCGAACGCGAAGAGGAAGGCCGGGCAAAGGGCUACUCCGGCGCGCUGGAAGCAGACCUUAUGCGAGCAGAGCUGAAAAUGGAGGCACUGGCGCAUCCUGACCCGAACGCUACCAUCACCUACACCCGUGGCCCGCAGGGAGAGAUUCUGGCCGAAGAGGACGACGAGAUCCCGGCCACGAGAGAAGAAGGCGAGGAGCGGUGGAAGACGGAGAUGGAGCUGAGAUUCCUGCGGGGCGCCGACCCGGACUUUGACUAUGCGGCUGUGGACGAGUGCGAGGACUACGACGAUCUCAGCGAGGAGCAGGACAAGUACUUUGAUGACGAAGAGCCGGAAUGGCUCGUUGAGAAGGGCGAGGACGGGCAGGUCGAGCUGCGCGGCGAGACGGGCGUGCAGGACUUUUGA